AUGACUGUACCACAAAAUAUUAACCUUAAGACCUUGAUAUUUGUAUACAGAUCUCUCAAUAUAUACACAGCAGACACAGGCUUCCAGAUUUUGUCUCAUGAUAUUCAGUUAAGGCAGACAGGCAAUUUAAGGAUACCCUCUGUAGAACCUCCCAUGCCCAACUACUCCCUCCCUCACACUCUCUCUUCCGCUGUUCCGCAGACUGGAGGCGUGGCUGCAGGAAGUGGCAGCGGCGGCGGCGGCGGUGGUGGAUCAUCUUUCGUCCUUCGUCCUUCCUUCCGUCACGCAAGUCACUCGCCAGCAUCUCGCCGUGACCUUCAUUUCCUCGUGCAUAAAGAACCAAGGUGGCUGCAGAUGAUUGCAAGAGUUAUGGAGACCGUGGCAGAGAUAGGCAGCAGCACCAUCAUCACUAACUCUUCAUGCUGGGACAUCAUCCAUUAAGUCAAUUAACUUUGAAAUGUGUGUGUCAGACUCAGUGAUUGCUAGCCAUGGUGUUGGUACAUGAGCUACAAUGUGUUUAAAGUCCAUGAGACUCCACAACUAAG